CCAUGGCGGCCCUGGCGGGCGUGAGGGGCCGGGUGCGGGAGCACGGGCGUCUGGCGGGCGGGCUGCUGCUCAACCUGCUGGCGUCCAUCUGCAUCGUGUUCCUCAACAAGUGGAUCUACGUGCGCUACGGCUUCCCCAACGUCAGCCUGACGCUGGUGCACUUCGUGGUGACGGGGCUGGGGCUGGCGGGCUGCCACCGGCUGCGCCUCUUCGCCCCGCGGAGCCUGCGGCCCCUCGCCCUGCUGCCCCUCGCCCUCAGCUUCUGCGGCUUCGUCGUCUUCACCAACCUGUCCCUGCAGAACAACACCAUCGGCACCUACCAGCUGGCCAAGGCCAUGACCACCCCCGCCAUCAUCCUCAUCCAGUCGCUCUUCUACGGCAAGACCUUCUCCGCCCACGUGCGCCUGACCCUGAUUCCCAUCACUCUCGGUGUAAUCCUGAAUUCCUAUUAUGACGUGAAGUUUAAUUUCCGUGGACUGGUGUUUGCUACUCUCGGUGUGUUAGUCACAUCCCUUUAUCAAGUGUGGGUUGGAGUCAAACAGCACGAGUUGCAAGUGAACUCCAUGCAGCUGCUAUACUACCAAGCGCCCAUGUCAUCGGUCAUGCUGUUGGCCGUCGUGCCCUUCUUUGAGCCCGUGUUCGGAGAAGGGGGGAUAUUCGGACCCUGGUCGCUUUCUGCUGUGCUUAUGGUGCUGCUGUCUGGUGUGGUGGCCUUUAUGGUAAACUUGUCCAUUUACUGGAUCAUUGGGAACACGUCACCCGUCACCUAUAACAUGUUUGGACAUUUCAAGUUCUGCAUCACUCUAUGCGGAGGGUAUCUGCUGUUCAAAGAUCCACUGUCCAUCAACCAGGGGCUUGGGAUCUUGUGUACGUUAUUCGGGAUCCUGGCCUACACCCACUUUAAACUUAGCGAACAAGAAGGCAAUAAGAGUAAACUGGUUCAGCGGCCAUAAUCGGGUCUUUAUAGACCAGGCCUCCCGAGGAUGGAAUGAAAGUAUUAAUUAUGCACUGAAAUAGGUUUUUUCUCUAACCAGGGAAACAAAAAAUAUUGCAAGGUGAUAUUGAGCAGUUGAGUUUCGUGUUGUAACUUAAGGAAGCAACUUUUCUGGUUUUGCUCUUUUCCAUUAACUUUUUUUAAGCCUAUAUUAGUCUCCACAACCAAAGGGGUCUACGUUUCAUUUCCAGAGUCAUGCUAUGGAAAAAUACGGGACUUCGGAGAACUCAGUAAGUGCAUUGGACAAAAAUCAUUUUGCUAAUGCCAGGGGAGUUCCUCACCAUUAUCCUGUGUGAUAUUCUGAGGAGCAAAAUGCCCCCAUCGGUCUGUGAAUCGAGGGUAGUUCCCUUCUCUCUAAACGCUUUGGGACCAGUUGAGAAGUGGGCACUUGAAACUCAAAGAGAUACACAGGUAGAGUUGGCUGCAUUUUUAGAUUAUCCUUCCCCACUGCCUUGGGGAGUUAAAUGCUGAGCAUUCCACUGGGUUUGCAACUUCCAGUGCUGUGGAAAGAAAGAACCCAACGACUCUGUCAGCAGUCGUGAGUUCUUUUCACUGUGAGGCUGUGAUGGGAAUUGUUCCCCCACUGUUUUAAGUUGGGCAAAGGGCCCACAGGGCCCAGAGCAGCCUCAAGGGAAGGGAGAGAGAUUUGAAUGUCACUAGGCUCCAGGAGGCUCUCAGCCUGUCGUCACCAUUCUCGGUGUUUAGCGACAGAGCUUAAGAGCCACAUGGGGAGGCUGUGAUUUCUGCUUUUUGCACAUUCAACAGAAAGAAGGGCUUUCAGAUCCAUGAGGAAAAUGUGCUAUGCCUUUUACUUUUGGCAGGUUUGACUUCCCCCCUCUCCCUUUUAGAGUUCUAUCAUCAGAGCCUAGCAUUUGGGGAGGAACAGGCAAUACUCACCCCAACCUCAGAGCCUGGGAAGCUGCCUUCUCCUGGAAUGAUCUUUUCCCCAAACCUCCUUCCAGGAAAUCAGCUCUAAAAGAUCAAGAGCUAAAUGUAGAAAACCCACCUGAGUCAGAAUCUUGCCCAGACCAUUUGAACUGCGUGAUUGACCUCUCCAAAAGCUAUUCCGAUAGAUACCCCGAAACUGUGAAAUUCUCCUUGUGGGCCAGCAGGCUGGGGGCCUUUUGAAAAUGACUUUGAUUCAUCCCACUUUUACAAACUUGCAUUCUGAGGUCAAGAAAUGUGAGGACAACUCAUCUCUGCCAUUUGGGCGUCAGAACCGAUGAACCCUACCUUGGCUGUAGCCCGUCAGCUCCUUGUGGGCAGGGAACGUCUCUACCGACUCUGUCGUACUGUCCUCUGCUAAGCACUUAGUCCAGUGCUCUGCACACAGUAAGCACUCCAUAAAGACCAUUGAUUAUUGGCUUGAAUGUAUAAUCUGUUGAAAAUAAACACAGGCUGCUGCUGGCAAGCCUUUUCAGAGCAACGAAGAGGAAUCGCCCCACUGCAAGGGGAGAGAAUCGUUUUGUGCUGUGCACAAGCUCUUUAAAUAGAUUACAAGGACAGCUUUAGAGGCAGAAGGUGCAGUCGUCGUCCAAGCUAGCGGAAGGAAUGUUAUCCCGAAAGAAUAACCGGAGUGAAAGGACGCUGUCACCACAGAAGAGAAGAUUCAAUUUAGGCAUCGUAGAAAAAUGCUCACCCAAGACCAGCCAGUGUGAUUUGGGCAAGGAAUAAAAAAAGUCUCCUUUACAUUGCCAAAGGGACACUGUAACUUUGUCUUUGUCGUGAACUAAAAUACUGCUGGUAUUUGGUUUUUACCUAAUGCAAAUAAAGAGUUAAGUUUUUUUCCUA